ACUUGUUGAGAUUUGAGGAAGGAGGUGUCUUCUCAGAAGGCCUGGCUGGAGAAGACUGAGGUUCAAGGCCUGAAGCCUGAGCUAUUGCCCUGGGAACGUGGGUGAUGGCUGCAGAGGUGCCGGGAGUAGCCACUCCCCUGAGCCCCAUGGUCCAGAUGCCGCAGGAGGAGGACGAGCAGGAGGAGGAGGUCACCACUAUGAUCCUGGAGGAUGACUCCUGGGUACAGGAAGCUGUACUGCAGGAGGACGGCCCUGAGUCAGAGCUCUUUCCCCAGAGUGCUGGCAAAGGCAGCUCCCAGGAGGAGGCGGUGGCUGGAGGACCACAGGGUGCACUCGGCCGCCUCCGGGAGCUUUGUCGGCGCUGGCUGAGGCCGGAGGUGCACACCAAGGAGCAGAUGCUGACUGUACUGCCGAAGGAAAUUCAGGCCUGGUUGCAAGAGCACCGGCCUGAAAGCAGCGAGGAGGCAGUGGCCCUGGUGGAAGAUCUGACCCAGACUCUGCGAGACAGUGAUUUUGAGAUCCAGAGUGAAAAUGGGGAGAACUCUAAUCAUGACAUGUGUGAGGACACAGGAUCACAUGAGAUAUUCUCAGAAAUGCCUGAAGGAAAAAGCAGCCGACUCUCUGAUGGGGAGAGUGACUGCGAGAGGGACUGUGGCUCUAGGGGGCCUCCGGACAAGGCUCCCAGUGAGAAGGGGAUGCCCUCCCAGGGCAGGGAGGCUGGCCAGCUCAUAGGCCUCCAGGGCACCUACCUGGGUGAGAAGCCCUACGAAUGUCCCCAGUGUGGGAAAACCUUCAGCCGGAAAUCCCACCUGAUCACACACGAGCGGACCCACACAGGGGAGAAAUACUACAAGUGUGACGAGUGUGGAAAAAGCUUCAGCGACGGUUCAAAUUUCAGUAGACACCAAACUACACACACCGGAGAGAAGCCCUAUAAAUGCAGGGAUUGUGGGAAGAGCUUUAGCCGGAGUGCCAACCUCAUCACCCACCAGAGGAUCCACACGGGAGAGAAACCCUUUCAGUGCUCCGAGUGUGGCAAGAGUUUCAGCCGGAGAUACAUCACCCACACGGGGGAGAAGCCAUACUCGUGUCCCGAGUGUGGCAAGAGCUUUGGCAACAGGUCCAGCCUCAACACGCAUCAGGGAAUACAUACUGGGGAGAAGCCCUAUGAAUGUAAAGAGUGCGGCGAAAGCUUUAGCUACAACUCCAACCUGAUCAGACACCAGCGGAUCCACACGGGAGAGAAACCCUACAAAUGUACGGACUGUGGGCAGAGGUUCAGCCAGAGCUCAGCCCUCAUUACCCACCGCAGGACUCACACGGGUGAAAAGCCCUAUCAGUGCAGCGAGUGUGGGAAGAGCUUCAGCCGCAGCUCCAACCUGGCCACGCACCGGAGGACCCACAUGGUGGAGAAGCCCUACAAGUGUGGGGUGUGUGGGAAGAGCUUCAGCCAGAGCUCCAGCCUGAUCGCACACCAGGGCAUCCACACGGGGGAGAAGCCCUACGAGUGCCUGACGUGUGGAGAGAGCUUCAGCUGGAGCUCCAACCUCAUCAAGCACCAGCGGAUCCACACAGGGGAGAAACCCUACAAGUGCGGGGAAUGUGGCAAGAGCUUCAGCCAGCGCUCGCAGCUCGUGGUGCACCAGCGGACCCACACGGGCGAGAAGCCCUACAAAUGCCUCAUGUGCGGCAAGAGCUUCAGCCGGGGCUCCAUCCUGGUCAUGCACCAAAGAGCCCACCUGGGGGACAAGCCCUACCGGUGUCCUGAGUGUGGAAAGGGCUUUAGCUGGAAUUCGGUUCUCAUCAUACACCAGCGAAUCCACACAGGGGAGAAGCCCUACAAAUGUCCCGAGUGUGGCAAAGGCUUCAGCAACAGCUCGAACUUCAUUACACACCAGAGAACUCACAUGAAAGAGAAACUCUACUGAAGUGGCAGAGAGGGAUGGCGAGGGGACAGGCCCAGGAGAGGGCAUGCUGCACUGCCCCAAGGAGUGAUGUCCCUUAAGAGAGCCAUUCUUCCUACAUGCUCCUUGGGGGUCUGCCAGAAUCUCACGCAUGGUCACACUCACUUCUAGGACACUGUUAUCUUUGUGAUCGGAGCCAAGCCCAUGCAGAUUCACAACAGAGCAUAGGAGUGGAAGGUCUGGAAAGUUCGUCUUUCUCUGUUGCAUUUCAUGGCUUGAUCGGCCCCCUUUCCUGAUUCCUCUGUGCCUCACUUCCCUCUGUGGUAAAGUGGGGGACUGUUUCUCCAUGUGGGUGGAAGACCGUGUGGUCUACAGUGCAGGCUGAGUGCCCAGAGAAAUGCUGGAAAUCGAUUCAUGUGGUUCUGCUGCCACUUUGUUAGGCUCAGGUGCCUUUACCCCACGUGGCGAGCCUAGGGCUCCUGCCUGCCUGAGAAUCUGCUCUUCCUGGCUUUAGUAGGCUGGGCUUUUGCUUCAGGUCAAGAUGGAGAGGCGUCUCAGCAUUCUGAGGCAUCUGCAUGAAGGGAAAGCCCCUUUUCUGUUUCCCAAAGUGUCGGGAGCGCAGACACAUGAGGAAGUACGGCCUGAACCAGGGUCCCAGUGGCCUUUCCACUGACAGUCAGACAGGGUCUGCCAGGGAAGGGGUAAGCUGAGGUGUGUGCUGGCUUCCGUCCCUGCUUACUGCUGCCUGCCGAGGGGAGUGCCCGCGUUCUUGUGGAACUUCGCAUUUGGAGUGUGAAGUCUGAGAUGCCCGUCGGCCUGCCCUGGGUAGGAGGAUGGUGGGUGGCAGUUUGUAUUUCAUCAAGCUCUGUCAUUCCUCCCUCAGAUACGGAACCCUGAGCGCAUUUAUAAGUUAGAAUACCCGCAUUAACUUCCUUGUUCUUGGUUUUUUUUUUGUUUUUUUUUUUUAACAUAUACAGACCUGGGAUUCUUCAGGUACUUUCAUAUCUAAGUACAUUAUUUUUAAGGAAGCAUUGAUUCUAAGGACAGUAUCAUCUGUCCCCUGGAGAGAUCUGGGCUUGAAUCAGGAGUCUAUCCAACAGCUGUCACCCUUGACCUUAGGGUGCUCCUGCAGCUGGGAACAGUGAAGAUGGGCAGGGCAGCAGAUGAAGGGUUAAGACAAAAGAGGAGAGUAGAUAGGAUGUUUCUGGGAAAUAUAAAACUGCCUUCUCCUACACAAGGGGCCUGCACUCAGAAUGGGCCUUGUGUCUUAUAGGAUGGAUACUCAAUAUUGCCUAAUAAAGUAGAGCCCCAUUCUU